AUGUUUUCCUAUUUGACUAAGAAGUACCUAAUUUUUAUCUAUCUAUCUAUCUAUCUAUCUAUCUAUCUAUCUAUCUAUCUAUCUAUAUAUAUAUCUGUUCAUAUCUAUCUAUCUAUCGAUAUAUAUAUAUAUAUAAUAUAUAUCUGUUCAUAUCUAUCUAUCUAUCUAUCUAUCUGUUUCAUUUUGUUCAUAUCUAUCUCAGUGUCUUCAUAUCUCUCUAUUUAUCAAUCAAUCAAUCUAUCUAUCUAUCUAUCUAUCUAUCUCAGUAUGUUCAUAUCUAUUUCAGUUUUUUUCAUAUCUAUCUAUCUAUCUCUCUAUCUAUCUAUCUAUCUAUCUAUCUAUCUAUCUAUCUAUCUCAUUUCACCUAUUUGUUUGCUUUCUUCUUCCUCCUCUUCUUCCUUUUCUUCUUCCCCUUCGUCGUCUUCUUCUUCUUCUUCUCGCCUUUCUUCCUUUUUCCUUCUCCAAUCCUGUCUUGUUGUUGUUGUUUUUGUUGUUGUUCUUCUUUUUCUUUUUCUUCUUCUACUUCUUCUUCUCGCCUAUCUUCCUUUUUCAUUCUACCAUCCUGUCUUCUUCUUCUUCUUUUUCUUCUUCUUCUUCUUCUUACAUUCUUUCAAAUUUUCUUUUGACUGUCUUAUUUUUCUUUCUAUAGUUUUAUUCGUUUCACUUGUCGACCUUUUCCCUUUUUAUUUGAGCUUUUAUUUCUUUUUAAUUCACCGUGCUUAUCUUCUUUAUCUUUCUUUAUCCAUCAAUUGUUUUCUUUUUCAGGUUUGCAUUCGCUUAACUUUCUUUUUUCUUUCUUUCUUUCUUUCUUUCUUUCUUUCUUUCUUUCUUUACUGUUGUUCUCAUCUUCAUUUAUUUAAUCAUUUAUUAUAUUUCUUCUUUCUUUCUUUUUUAUUCCUGCUUUGUAUUAUUCUCUUUUUUAAUUUUAUUUUUUCUUCUUUUAAUUACAUAUUAUUUUUUUAUGUUUUCUUAUUUGUCUUAAUCUACAAAGACUGUCUUUUUCUUUUCUAUUUUUCCGCGUUUUAUUUCAUUCCUUUUUUUUAUUUUAUGAUUUUUUUUAUUAUCGAUUCUUUUUUUAUUUUCUUUACUUUCUUUUCUUAUGAUAAAAAAUCAACCAAAAUAUGCCUUUAUACUGCCCAUUAUCUAUCUAUCUAUCUAUCUAUCUAUCUAUCUAUCUAUCUAUCCUUCUACUUCUGUUCAAAUAUAUCUAAUUUUGUUCAUUAUCUAUUUAUCUCAGGCUGUUAUCAGCCUAUUCAUACAAGUCUUUCUGUUUCUCUGCUAAUCUAUCUAUCUAUCUAUCUAUCUAUCUAUCUAUCUAUCUAUCUAUCUAUCUAUCUAUCUAUCCUUCUACUUCUGCUGUUAUCAGCCCAUUCAUACAAGUCUUUCUGUUUCUCUGCUAAUCUAUCUAUCUAUCUAUCUAUCUAUCUAUCUAUCUAUCUAUCUAUCAUAGUGAAGUUGAUUGAAAUCAAUAACUAG